CCUACUACCAACUUCAGCGGUGCGUCUCAUUGGGCGUGUCACACGGAGAGAGAGAGAGAGAGAGAGAGAGAGAGACGUCGUUGGCAAUGGAGGCGUCGAGGCAACCCAACUCCAACCCUCCCCGACUCGCCAACGGUAAUGGCACCGCCAACGGCGGCGCCGCCACAGCCAACGGGGCGCGACCCACCUUCCCGCCAACCAAGGCCCAGCAGUACCGCCUCCACUACCGUCCCCAGCCGCCGCCGCCCCGCCGCCGCCGCCGCCGGGGAUGCUGCUGCAUCUGCUGCCUCUGGCUCACCCUCUUUCUCAUCGCCCUCGUCUUCCUCGCUGCCAUCGCCGCCGGCGUCCUCUACGUCCUUUACCGCCCCCAGCACCCCACCUUCUCCGUCUCCUCGCUCCGUCUUGCCGUCCUCAACCUCUCCGCCGCCGACCUCCUCACCUCCCGCCUCGAUCUCUCCGUCACCACCCGCAACCCCAACAGGAAGCUCGUCUUCGUCUACGACGACGUCGCUAUCUCCGCCUCCUCCGGCGGGGUCACGAUAGGCGAGGGGACGAUCCCGGGCUUCGCACAGGGCACCGACAAUACCACGGUGCUCAAAACCACCGUGUCGAGCUCAGGGCGGAGCCUGGACCCGACGGAGGCGUCGGAUCUGAGAAAGAGGAAACGGUACCCCUUGGAGAUCGAGCUCGACACCAGGGCCGGGGUCAAGAUCGGAGGGUUCAAGUCGAAGCGCCUCGGCAUCCGCGCUUCGUGCCACGGGAUUGAGGCGGUGGUCGCCAAGGGCAACGCCACCGCCACAACCACCGGGUCGGCCAAAUGCAAGGUGAAACUUCGAAUCAAGAUCUGGAACUGGACGAUCUAGAAACAAUUACUGGCUAUCCAGGUUAAAAGCAAGGAAAAUAAAUUAGAUUAGAAGGAAGGUAUCUAUAUUGAUUUUUUGCCCCCCUUCUCUCUCUAGUGGAGUACAGUAUUUUUUUCCCCCUUUGUAAACCUCCCUCUAUUUGAUUUGUCAGUUCCGAUGGCCUUCUUGGAUCUUAAUAUUUGUGUUCUUUGGUA